AUGACGAAUACAGAGCUCCGUCGGCAAGUGAUCAAUAUUUACAAAGAUACUGCAGAACUUCUCUACCUCGGGCGAGAAUACCCUCUUGGAUAUGGUUAUUUCAGACAAAGGCUACAUAAAGCGUUCUCCGGCCAAGCGCAUCUGACCGACGAAGAAAAGAUUCGGACAGGGAUAGCAAGGGCACAGUUUGUCAAAAAAGAGAUCGAAGCUAUGUAA